GGACUACUUAGUGGUGAUGGUUGCACAACACUGUAUAUACUAAAACCACUGAAUGUACACUUUAUAAGGGUGAAAUCUAAGUAGCAACAAAGCGGUUUGUUUAUAUUUUUAAAAACUGCCAAAGACAGGUGCUGAUAUACACGUGGACUGGAGGUGCGGGGAUGGGCACAGGGAGGUUCCUGGCCCACUGGGCUGGGAAAACUGUGCUUUUGGACCCCAGCGGAGGAAGCCCCGGGGUGGCCACGGAGCUAGGCCACGGAGCUAGUCCACCGACUUGCCUGGGGAGCCAGAGGACUGUGGGUAAAAGCAGCCCCCUGGAACACCACCGAAUAGUGCCGAGCUGAGCUGGGAGACAGCCUGAGUGUGAUGGCUGGAGGGUGUGAGCUGGCAGGAGGCUGGCCCACUAGGCAGGGAGGGGUCUCCCAGGCCUUUGAUGCUUGUGUGCAAAGGGAGGGCAUGAAUGUUCCAGGCCAGAGCAGGUGAAUGAACCUCUGUGAACCUUGGUGUCCUCAUCAGUAUAAUGCGAACAAGGCUCCCUCCCUCUCAGGAUGUGGAGAUGAAAUGAGACCAUUUUCAUGAAAGCUCUUUGUAAGCUGCUAAGUGCCGGGCAGAUGUUCCUCCAGCUGUGAGUCAGGGAUAGAACCCAGUCCUGGCCCCACCUCCCCCACCCCUCCCAGCCCCAGGCAGCUGUGGGCUCAAAUGAGGCUAAGGGAUGCUGCUGAUUAGGCACUUUUGGGUUUUCCCCCCAGGCUUUAGGUGGGUACUGCCCCAGGGAAAGAUACCUUCCUCUCUCCUGGUGGCUCUGACAGGAAAAACUGGCUGAGAGACGUCUGGUUCAGUCAGGCUCCAGUUCCCGGGGAUGACCACCACCCCCACUGAGACAUCCCUCGACCCCUGCCCCCACCCAGGAAGGGGCAGCCGGAAGUGGGCUGGGGGUGCCAUCAAGGGCCCCGCAGGGAGGCAGGCACUGGGCUCUGCCUGGAAGAACACAGCCCCCCUCAGGCCCAGGAGGUCCUGCCCAUUUCAGUCUGUCUGUCUUUCCAUCCACCCAUAUCCCCAGGUCCAGUUGGUAUUUGAAGAGUGCGUUAGCACUUAGACUCAGACAAAACAUGGUUUGGAGAUAACAAGCCUUUGCAGAAGAAAGACUGAAGGUUAAAAGUGAGGCCCCUGAAGCUGGCCAACCCUGGCUCUAAGUCCUGUUGCCUAGCUGUGUGACCUUGAGCAAGUCACUUAACCUCUCUGGGCUUCAGUUCCUCCUCUGUAAAAUGAGGAUCAGAACAAUACCAAGUCCUCGGGUGGUAAUCUCUGUAAAGUCCUCGACACAGUCCUCAGUCCCUAAGGGUUUGCCGUAAUUAUUAUUCCGGAGAGAGGAGGUGUAAAUGGAUAUGCCUAUCGAAAUUGCACUCAUUCAUGCAAGAAGCAUUUAAUGAGCACCUACUGUGUGCUGGUGCUGGGGACCCAGCAGCUAGCUGGGGACUCAGACCCGGCCGUCUGGGGGCCCUGAGCAGUUCUGUGGGUUUGGGUGUGGCCUGGAUGCUGGUAGUUGCUGUGUGAUGCUGAAGUCAGUACCCUUCAGGCAGGGUACACGGCGCGGAGGUGCAGGUGAGCCUGUCCGGCCCUGCCCCCGCCACACCCAGCCUUGCCCAGGGCCAAGCUCCGCUCAGGGACUCGGUGCAUUCCUGGGUGGGGCGAGAAGGGGGGUGUGUGUGGAACAGACCAUAAAUAUAAGACCACUGGGCUCGCCGCCACUUCCUGCUGCUUGCUCUUCCACGUCACCGCGACCUAUGCCGCCCUACACCAUCCUCUACUUCCCCACCCGAGGGCGCUGCGAGGCCAUGCGCAUGCUGCUGGCUGACCAGGGCCAGAGCUGGAAGGAGGAGGUGGUGACCAAGGAGAGCUGGCUGCAGGGCCCGCUCAAGGCCUCCUGUCUGUAUGGGCAGCUCCCCAAGUUCCAGGACGGAGACCUCACCCUGUACCAGUCCAAUGCCAUCCUGCGACACCUGGGCCGCACCUUUGGGCUCUACGGCAAAGACCAGCGGGAGGCGGCGCUGGUGGACAUGGUGAACGAUGGCGUGGAGGACGUCCGUAGGCUCUGCAGCCGGCUCAUCUACCGGAGCUACGUAAGCACUCAGGGCUGGGGCCCGGGAGCUCACCCAGGCCAAGCAUGCUGGGGGCUGCCACUGGAUCACUGCCCUUUGCAGGAGGAGGGCAAGGCCAAGUAUUUUCAGGAGCUGCCGGGGCACCUGAAGCCUUUUGAGACCCUGCUGAUCCAGAACCAGGAGGGCCAGGCCUUCCUUGUGGGCGACCAGAUCUCCUUCGCCGACUACAACCUGCUGGACCUGUUGCUGAAUCACCAGGUCCUGGCCCCUGGCUGCUUGGACUCCCACCCUCUGCUCUUGGCCUAUGUGGCGCGCCUCAGAGCCCGGCCCAAGCUCAAGGCCUACCUGGCCUCCCCCGAGCACAUGAACCGCCCUGUCCAUGGAGCCCAAAAGAUAUGAGCCCCUUCAGCCUCCCCUGGGACAAAGCCUGGCCUUUGGAACCAAUAAACACCAAAGAGGAAAGCUGUGCUGUGGUCCCUGAGGGGCUGGAGGGCACAGGGGACCCCCUGCCCCUUCCCAGGCUGUCU